GGAAGGGGAGGGCCUGUGGGCGCGGCGGGGUGGCCUGUCGCGACGGCCCCGGGCGGGAGGAGGAGGCCGCGCCAUGGCCCCGUGUGGGCGCUGCGGGCGGGCGCUGCUGCUGGCCUGGCUGCUGGUGGCCUGCCUGCCGGCCGGUUGCCUCUCCCUGCUGGUGACAGUGCAGGAUACUGAGCGUUACACCACCUUAUUUGCCAGUAUCACCCUCAAGUGUGACUAUAGCACUUCAGCACAGCUGCAGGAUGUAGUGGUGACCUGGCGCUUCAAAUCCUUCUGCAAGGACCCCAUCUUUGAUUACUACUCAGUCUCGUACCAAGCCAGUUUAGCUCUUGGCCAGGACCCGUCUGAUGACUGCAAUGACAUCCAGCGAAAGGUGCGCAUUGUCAUCCAGAAAUAUGGGCAGAAUGAGCCUGUGCUGGGUGUUGACUACCGGCAACGAAAGAUCACCAUCCAGAACCGGGCAGACCUUGUUAUCAGUGAGGUCAUGUGGUGGGACCAUGGCGUAUACUACUGCACUGUGGAAGCACCAGGAGAUACCUCAGGGGAUCCAGACAAAGAAGUUAAGCUAAUUGUUUUACACUGGCUCACAGUACUCCUCAUCGUCCUUGGUGGCCUCCUUCUCUUCCUGCUGAUUGGAAUAUGCUGGUGCCAGUGCUGCCCCCAGCAUUGCUGCUGCCACAUCCGGUGUGUCUGCUGCCCAACCCGGUGCUGCUGUAAUGAGGAAGUACUGGAACGGCAUCGGUUCAUGAAGCGGGCUCAGGCAUUUGCACCUUGGAUGUUACCUAACAUGUUCUAUGGAGGUGCUGAUAGGAACUCACAGCUUUCCUCUUACCAGCUGAACCCUCUACUGCAACAAGAUGUGUCUCUGCAGAACAGUCUUCCACUGGUACAGCCACAAGCUCGACUUUCCCCUAGCAAGGGUGUUUUGGACUACCUGGAAUCCGAAAUCCAAAACCUUAACCCGUCACAGCCCCGGCCGCCCUCCCACCAGCGGCAGGCGGUGCAGCCCAGCUUACUGUCCUCCCUGGGCUCCGACAUCAUGCAACACGGCACAAAUGGUCUUCCUCCUCUCACCGGUCACGUUUCUUCCUCCCAUGGGAGCAGCAGCUCCUCACGGCCACAGAGAGCUACCCGCAGCCCCAGAACCUGGGACUCCACAGCAGAGAACAGGAGGGAAGAACGGAGGUGGCCCUUGCCUUCCAGUGGAGAUUCUCAUUCCAGCUACAGUAGGGAGCCCCGGGACAGGCAGCGAGAGGACCAUCCUCCAAGGCAGAGGACAGGCGGCUAUGAUGGCAGACCCCAGCACUCCAGGCGGGAUGUGUCACCCGCCCGCCAGACUGAGAGGGGAAAAAGCAGCAGCAGCAGCUGCAGCUUCUAUUCAGAGGAGGCCAAGGAGCACUCUGGCCACCAUCGUGGCCGGAGACAACAGCCUGCAGUGAGGCAAGAGUACCAGCAGCAGACCAGGAGCAGCAAUAACUCAAGGCACCGGCGGCACAGCUACUCUCCCCCUUCUCGACGGGAAUCGUGGAGCUCCUCGGAAGAGCAAGUCCGUCUGCCAGCGACAAACCGCAGGCGGCACAACCGGUCUCGGGAAUGGCCAGAAGAUAAACCUCCCAGUUAUCGCUCGCUAGAAAUCAUCCCAGAUCGGCACAGCAAGCACAGAGAGGGUGCAGGGCCACGCUCGGACAGAGGAAGUUCCUAUAGUGCAAGAAGCAUUGUCAUUUAAUGCCAGUACUGAAAGAAUAAGAUUCACACUGGACUCUUUUUAGCUUUUUUUACUAUGUUGUUUGGGAUGACUGCUUUUGAUUGAACCAGCAAAAGAAAAACAAACAGAAGAUGAAACUGCUUUUGAAGAAGAUAUGUCUAGUCGACAUGAAAGCAAUACAUAACCCCUUAUUUGUUCCUACUUUGAUUUGGAAACUUAGGAUUGUGAUGGGCUGAAAACAUGAUACAGCGGAUUUUUUUAAUAAACAAUGUAUUCCCAGAGAUAUUAGUUGCCUUCAUUAGGUACCCUGACACUACAGGGAGCCCAGUGUGUAGAAUGCUGGUCCUUUGCACACCAGUUACUGGAGAAGUGCUCAGAUAAUCACAGAGAUGUAAAGUCACAGGACAGUAAUUUAGGUUGGAAGACACCUCUGGAGUUCAUUGGACCCAGCCCCCUCAGAAUUUAUUGUAGAGAGGCAUAGCAUCUCCUUUCAGAGGCCCUCUACUGUACUUGGGAAUUAUUUGACGCUUGCUGCUUCUGCCUGGCUAUUCAGUAUAGCAUGGGCAGUUGCUCCCUUUUGUCUCUGAUAUGUCUCUCUCCCAAACAGUAGAAUUCCAGAGUUAGAAGAAUUUGCAAGCCUUACUAAGGGCUCACUGGCGUAUCUGCAAAUUGCCAGCUCGUCUGCCCUAUACUGACUGAAACACCCUGCUCUACCUUAAGUUUAGACCUUAGUACCUAAAAAGAUGCUUUUUCUAGCCUUUAACACAGACUUGAAUUUGUUUGUAAAUGUAAUGAGCUAAAUUUACCAAAGCUUGGUCAUCCCCACAGGAAUUGAGCAAGGUAUGACUACUAUCUCUCGUACUGUAGACUGGAACUUCCUUCAACUCUGGGAAGCAUAACUUUGAUGGAUGUACGUUUCCUGGGCCAUAUACUCAUUGUAUGUUCUCCCUUUGCUCUCUCUACCAUGUACUAUAUACAUGGGGUGGGAUAAAGGGCUCUGAAGAGGCCUAACAAUU